AUGGAAAGGACAGGAGACCGGUGUCUGACUGACUGCCUAGAGACGUAUUCUUCUGGGGUGUAUGAGGGUCUGUGUAACAUCACACUUGACCGACCUCUGAUCUCUGAGAAGCUGAAGGCUGAACUCAACCCUCUAGUCAUCACCAUCCUGUCAGCCUCCUCCCUGCCAUCAUCCCCUGUCCCCUUCCAUGUCUUAGAGGAGAAGUGUCUGCCAGUGUACUGCCAGUACCAGUUCCAUAACACGUCUAAGCACCGGACCAAAGGCCAGGAACACAGGACUAACGUUUACUUCAAUGAUGUCAAUGUCAUCAUGACAGGCUUGCUAAGUCCCGGGGAGCUGUUGGAGGUCCUGCGAGGUCCUCCGCUGGAGAUUGAGGUCCACGACAGAGACAGGAAGUUGGAGAAGGUGUCGACCAGCCCCGCCCUGUUUGGGACAUAUCCCAAUGAUGACAAGCUAAGCAGUGUCGUCCCUGUCUCUGGGAAACGGACCAAUCACCACCCCUUCAGAGAGAACAGCAAACACUAUGACCCAUGUGGCCUCGCCAAGCUUAACCUCAACGACCUGCUACAAGGACAGAGGAGUCUGAAGGUGAACCUGCCGAUCCGCUGUUCCCCACCGCCCCAGCUGUUGAGUAGUGAGAGGAGUGACUGGGAGAGGAAAAUGGCCUCCAUGCCAGGGACAGGAGGGGUGGAUGGGCCAGAGCAACAGCCUGGACACUACUUUGACGCCAAUUCACAGCUCAAGGUGCAGGUGGAGAUUGCCUGUCCUCUGACGGGAGGAGGUGGGGCCAGUGACGGGGCAUGGGACUGCCCGUUCGGACGCAUCAUAUACCUGUUCAAGUACGCUAAUGUCCUGGUGAUGUCACGGCUUAGGGCGGAGCUACUAAGGAUCAAUGCUGUGGCGUUCCAUCUGGAGGACCAAUCAGAGGAGACUGUGGAGCGGGCAUUGUCGUGUUACAAGAUGGCGGCGCCGGAGAGGGAGAGCCGUGACUUGGACGUGGUGACGGGGUUCCACCUGCUAGAUAAACAAAUCCACCUUUUUGUUCUGGAAGGACUGAAACAUAAAGGUGUCAGGAGACUCUGGGAGACAGUCUCCAUACAGUUAACAGGCGGUGAGGAGGACCAGGUGAUGGUUCUCUAUAACUCUGGUCUGAGUUUCUCUAAGCGUCUAUAUACCCGUCUGGAUGUCAGCUUUACUCCCGUCCACCUACACCAACCCCUGGAGACCAUCAUGAGACAACCUCUGGUCUACGUCAGAGACAUGGUGCCUCAUACCUGCUUCCAGGCCAUGUCACGGUUGAGCCUGCUGGUCCAGCUGAGGAAGAUGAAGGACGUUGUCCAGAACAAUCUGUUCCCGUCGGCUGAGAUGGUCCUCUCCAUGACCAAGGAGUUUGGAGUGGUGCACCCUGGGAGGUGGCAGCAGAGGCUGCUGGGUAGUGGUGCAGCAGAGGCUGAUGUGUUGUCACACCAUGGCUCAGAGAACACACAAUGCCACGUGGAUACACACAAUGCUCCCUAUUUACAGCGGAAACAUUACCUCUCCAACCAGCAGAUGAACAAACUCACCAAAGAUUUUAUACAGACUAAUGGACAGCACAAACAGAUGUAG